GUGCGUUUGCCUAUGUGACACAAUUACAACAACUUUGAGCCGCUGGUUGGGGGAAGUUUGCGAGCUUACUAAACAACUUUCUCAUUUAUAACCCCGCAUUACAUGAACUCCAUGCAUAAACCGGGACUGGAACACGCGCACUUUUGUUCACGUACAAUGGCGAGCGUGGAGGGGAACUUGAAAGGAUCGUUUCCUUGAGGAUUUGGCAAGAAUCACGCUACGCCCCGUUUUAAUCCUGGAUAGGUGCGCGACGGUCCCGCCGCCGCCGAGUUCCGCCGGAGUCGCUCGGUCCCGCUCUCCCUCCCGGUCUGUCUCCAUGAAAUCGUGCGGAGUGUCGCUCACGGCCGCUGCCCGGAGCCUCGGCGUUGCUGCUAAUGACGAGGAGAAAAUGGCGUCGGGAAAAGCGACCGAAAUCGAAGAGGACUUUCCGAAGCUAACAGCGCAGGAGAAGGAGAGCCUGGUGGGAGUUGACAGUUCACUGUUUGGAUUUCACGGGCUUCAAGAAGAUGGCGCCAGAACGAAGGCCUUGCUGUUAAAGGCUGUGAGCUGCUACGAUGGCCUAAUUCUGAAGGCAGAGGGCAAGGUGGACCCUGAUGUUUUCUGCCAGCUCGGCCACUUCAACCUCCUGCUGGAGGAAUAUCCAAAAGCAUUAUCUGCAUACCAGAGGUACUUCAGUUUACAGUCGGACUACUGGAAGAAUGCUGCCUUUUUAUACGGCCUUGGAAUGGUUUACUUCCAUUACAACGCCUUUCAGUGGGCAAUUAAGGCAUUCCAAGAGGUGCUUUACAUCGACCCAACGUUUUCCCGGGCGAAAGAAAUUCAUCUGAGACUGGGACUCAUGUUUAAAGUCAACACAGACUAUGAAUCCAGUUUUAAGCAUUUUCAGCUGGCAUUGAUCGACUCUAAUCUCUGCACUUUAUCCAAAGCUGAAAUUCAGUUCCACAUUGCUCAUUUAUAUGAAAUCCAGAAGAAAUACAAAGCAGCAAAGGAGGCUUAUGAGAGUCUGCUGCAGACUGAGAAUCUCCCUGCACAGGUGAAGGCCACCACACUGCAGCAACUCGGCUGGAUGCAUCACACAGUGGAGCAGCUGAGGGAUAACGAUGCUAAGGGCUGCUAUGCCAUCCAGUGUCUGCAGAAGUCUUUAGAAGCAGACCCCAACUCCGGCCAGUCCUGGUACCUUCUCGGCAGGUGCUACUCCAGUAUCGGGAAGGUGCAGGAUGCCUUCAUCUCUUACCGCCAGUCCAUCGAUAAGUCCGAGGCCAGCGCUGACACCUGGUGCUCCAUAGGUGUGCUGUACCAGCAGCAGAACCAACCUAUGGAUGCUCUGCAGGCCUACAUCUGCGCUGUUCAACUGGACCACAGCCACGCCGCUGCCUGGAUGGACCUGGGCACCCUCUAUGAGUCCUGCGGCCAGCUGCAAGACGCUAUGAAGUGCUACAUCAACGCGACGCGCAGCAAAGCGUGUCUCAACACCGCCGCCCUCGCUCAACGCAUUAAACUGCUGCAGGCUCAGUUGUGUAACCUACACCCAGGUAGUCUGCAGAAUAAGAGUAAAAUGCUUCCUUGUAUUGAGGAGGCAUGGAGCCUUCCCAUUCCUGCUGAGCUCACGUCCAGGCAGGGGGCCUUGAACACAGCACAGGCGCAGCAGGCUUGCAAGGGGGACGGAGGCCCGUCUGCCAGCAACCACACAGACCCACAGGCCAGUCCUGCCAAAAAGAAACGCACUGCCAGCCCGGCAAAGGGCGCUGUGGACUCGUUGGCAAAUGGAUCCAAUCAGCAGCAGAUCCCAGGCUGGUGUCUAACGCCACAGAAGCUUCAGCUGUUGAAUCAUUUACGGACCAACCGAGCCAGCCUCAAGCCCCCCCAGCUGCAGAUGCUCGAGCAGCUGGAGAACCAGUUCUCCCUCAUGCAUCAGCAGCAGAUGAGGCAGCAGACGAACGCAGGCGGCCAGCCGCGCUCCAGCCUUCCCAACGGCCCCUCAGCAGACCCCCCUCACACCUCCCCCUUCAACCACGCAGCCAGUCGGCCCCCUUGUGUGACGCAGCCCACGGCCAACGGAUCCGGUUCGCCAAGUCCUUCAGCAGGUCUGCCAGGACACCUGGAACUUAAAAACCACACGGCGGGGCUGGGAGGUGGUGGCGCGAGCAACGGAAACGUGCCUUACCCGCAGCAGAACUCUCUACCUCACACCUGCACAGCCAACAGUCAGCCCAGCGCCGCCACCAGCACUAAUACUAGUCCCAGUCCUGCAGACGAGACCUGGAGGAGCCAACAACGCAACACUACCACUCAGGGGCUUCAAAAAGGUCCAGGUUCACAUUCGGCAGGUCCUAAUGGAGAACCCCCCUUCUCUUCCUCUUCCCCCUCCUCCCAGACCCCCUUCUCCUCCUCCUCUGGCAUUCUGAAUCAGGUUGGACAUUGCUCUGGGCCCUGCACUGCCUCCUCCUCGGCCUCCUCCUUAUCCCCCACCUCCCCCCAGACAACUCCCAACCACUUGUCCUCGCCCCCCCACUCCGCUACUACCUCAGGGGUCCACACCAAAGACGCGGCGCCUUCCGAGGGCAAAAGCGGCAGCAUCGUCCCCGCUGCCGUUUUACCGUCGGGUCCCGAGGCCGCCGCCGGGCAUCAUGGAGGAGCACCACACAGUCCCGGCACCACCUCCCGGCAGGGAUUGACUAAUCACGUCCAGCCGCAGGUGACGGACCGCUCCGCCAGCCUGUCACAGCCUGCCUCUCCGGCCCCCGGAGCACUCAGUUCAGACAAUCCUCAACUCUCAGCCUUCGGAAAGGGAAAAGCCAAUGCUACCACUAACGACGACAAUAACCACAGUAACCACGGAGGGUCUUCCUCAGAGAAAAUCAACAACGUCCAUCCAGUUCUCCACGCCAAGCUGGACUCGGUGGCGUCCUCUCCUCUGUCGACCGCCCCGACACCCUCGCCGUGCUCAGCGGACCCUCACACCGCCAGCAGUCUCUCCUGCCUUAACAGCCCGUCCAACUCAAACAGCCAGGGGCCCACGCUCAACGGGAAGGGCCUGGAGGACUCCCAGAGCUCUCCGAAAGCAGAGCCUCAAAGAAAGACGCCCCCUGCUGGCCUGGCUCCGUGGUCUUCAGUUUCCAUCUACCCCAGCUCCAGCGACGUGCUCAAAGCCUGCAGGAACCUGGGCAAGAACGGCCUGUCGACCAGCAGCAUCCUCCUGGACAGGUGUCCGCCGCCGCGGCCGCCCGGCCCGCCCUCUCCUUCACUGCCAAAGGACAAACUCAAUCCUCCAACACCCAGUAUUUAUCUUGAAAACAAGAGGGACGCUUUCUUCCCUCCCCUCCAUCAGUUCUGCACCAGCCCUGCCAACCCGGUCACUGUCAUCAGGGGUCUGGCUGGAGCGCUGAAACUAGACUUGGGCCUGUUCUCCACGAAGACGCUGGUGGAGGCCAACCCUGAGCAUCUGGUGGAGGUGCGGACCCAGCUGGCCCAGCCCACCGAUGAGAACUGGGACCCCAGCGGUGGCAGGAAGAUGUGGCGCUGCGAGAGCAGUCGCUCCCAUACCACCAUCCUGAAAUACGCCCAGUACCAGGCCUCGUCCUUCCAGGAGUCCCUGCGGGAGGAGAAUGAGAAAAAGAAAGAGGUAGAAGCAGAGGCAGGUUCCUCAGACGGUGGAAUUCGGAGAAGGAAAGGCCCCUUCAAGCACAUCAAGUUUGGCACCAACAUCGACCUCUCUGAUGAGAAAAAGUGGAAGCAGCAGCUGCAGGAGCUGACCAAGCUGCCAGCGUUUGCCAGAGUGGUGUCAGCCGGAAACCUGCUCAGCCAUGUGGGCCACACCAUCCUGGGCAUGAACACCGUCCAGCUUUACAUGAAGGUCCCGGGGAGCCGGACUCCAGGUCACCAAGAAAACAACAACUUCUGCUCGGUCAACAUCAACAUUGGUCCUGGUGAUUGUGAAUGGUUUGCUGUGCCUGAAUCAUACUGGGGCGUCAUCAACGACUUCUGCGAAAAGAACAACAUAAACUUCCUGAUGGGCUCCUGGUGGCCCAACCUGGAGGACCUGUACGAGAACAACGUGCCAGUGUACCGCUUCAUCCAGCGGCCCGGGGACCUAGUGUGGCUCAACACGGGCACCGUUCACUGGGUUCAGGCCAUCGGCUGGUGCAACAACAUCGCAUGGAACGUGGGACCCCUUACAGCUCAUCAGUACAAGCUGGCAGUGGAGCGUUACGAGUGGAACAAACUGCAGAGCGUCAAAUCCAUCGUUCCCAUGAUCCACCUGUCCUGGAACAUGGCACGGAACAUCAAAGUGUCGGACCACAGGCUUUUUGAGAUGAUCAAGUACUGCUUGCUGCGGACACUGAAGCAGGUUCAGAUGCAGAGGGAAAUGCUGCUUGCGGCUGGGAAGGAGCUGGUGUGGCACGGUCGGACCCAAAGCGAGCCGGCGCAUUACUGCAGCAUCUGUGAGGUGGAAGUGUUUGACCUGCUGUUUGUGACCAGCGAGAGCAACAGCAGGAAAACGUACGUGGUGCAGUGCCAGGACUGUGCCAGGAGGGCGAGCACGAACCUGGACAACUUUGUGGUGCUAGAGCAGUACAAGAUAGAGGACCUCAUGCAGGUUUAUGACCAGUUCACACUGGCGAGCCCCCUGCCUUCCUCCUCUUGAUGGAGAAAUGUUCUUCUGAGAACAUUAUAGAACCAUAACAGACUUAAGUGGAAACUCUCAGAACUCCCCCCUCCCUUCCUCUCUCCCUUGUUUUCUUUUUCUGAUAUUCAGGAAGAAAGGCGGCAGUCCUCCAACUGCGUCCUGUAGCUAUCCCAUAAGGCAGCUGUGUGAAAAGCUGUGUGUCUAUGCAACCUGUCCCAAGCAGUGGGCCUCCCCCUGGUGGAGCGGAGGGGGGAUGGCAGCUCCCCCUGUCGUCAUGACCAGACUGUUCUACUGCUGGCCCAUCUGGACUUCACCAGAACACACAUCAAAUAAAAACAAAGAAUAGCAUCAAGUUUUGUACAUAUUGUGUUUGAACUGGCAACAUCGUCACACAGAGACUACUGAAUUGAUAGAUUUGUUAUUUAGCCGUUUUUUUUUUGUUUUUUUUGUUCUGUUUUUGGGUUGACAUCAGAGCUUUGUUCCCUCCAUGAGACGCGUGAUUAGCAUAGCAGUUCUUUUGUAAGUCAGACAUCUUGGUCAGGAAAACAAUGUACAUGUCAUGUAAAGUCUGUUUCUGUUCUUUACUCACCGAUAAACUUAAGUUUUGUUUUGUUGGUUCAUUGAGUUUCACAAUGUUGAGGAAGAGAAACGGAUUUACAGACAACCAGCCAAGUCACAGGAAAAAAAGGGUUGCACACAGACAAGAGUGAACUUUAAUCUGUGUUUUUUGUAUUUGGAUGUAAAUUUACACUAUUUAUGAAUUCAUAUUUAUUGCUUGAAAAUAUUUGUUGAUGGAAUGCUGUAAUUUUUCUCUAGAGUACCUGCCAUUAAAUUUGAGGGAGCCUUGUGAUUUUUUUUUUUUUUAAGCCCGGCCCCUUACGUUUUCUAUAUAAAUAAACAGCUUAGUAAGCGUUGUACAGAGACCUUACCUUGAAAUGGGUUUAUUGUUUGAAGGAUGUCUUAUGCUUAAAUAAACAAAAACAAUCUUUAUUUACA